UGGCAUCUCAAGAUUCCAGGCGACAAUGGGGUGUACGACGUCGCGAGCGGUCGACGACUUGUCCAUCGCCGCUGUGGCAGCAUCCGAGAGCGCUGCGGCCAGCGACGUGGCCACGCCAGAGUCGGCCCACGCCCGCAGAGACGUCGGCAAGGAGGCAGCUCGCGACAAGACGUUUGUCAUCACGGGGCACAGCGUUCGAAAUGACGGUGUUGUAGUCUACCACAUCUCGAUGCCCAACUCGCCCGAUGAGAUUCAACGGCGGUUCCGGGACUUUAAGCGCCUCCAUGGCGAGCUCAAGGAUGUUGUCCUCGAAGAAGCAGAAGACUGCGGGGUGGCAAUUCCCGACUUGCCGUACAAUGGCCUUUUGACCAAGCUCCAGCGCCAGCACACACGCGACCUGGACGAGCGGAAGGAAAAGCUCGGUGAGCUUCUCGAAGCCGCCGCGAGCCAUCCCGUCACCCGCAAUUCAAAGGGGUUUCAGAAGUUCAUCACUCUCGACAUGGCCCCGUAGUAGCUCUAUUGAAUCCAAUAAUUUUAGCGUAGAUUUUGAC